AUGUUCUCCAACAAAAAUUAUAAACGCGAUAUAGAUUAUGUUUUCAAACUGAGCCGCUUUGUCUUUCGUCUGCUGGGUAUCUGGCCGUACGCACGUACGAAGUCCUGGCUUCCGGAGACCCUCGAGAACGUCGCUGUGAUCCUCAUCUCCUACAUCCUCCUCAUCUGCGAGUUGGUUCCGGCGAUUCUCUACAUGGCCAUCGUGCAGAGAGAGACCCGUGCCAGGUUGAAAGUCGUCGCCACUGUGAUUUUUACGAUGUUAGCGAUGGCCAAAUACGGCCAGCUGCUGAUCAAAAGGAAUCAAAUGAGAAACUGCCUCGCGCAAGUUGAGGACGAUUGGCAAAUAGUCAACUUACACGAUCGUAAUGUGAUGAUCGAUAAGGCUAGAACUAGCAGGCGUUUGCUGAUAAUAUGUGCUAUAUUUAUGUACUCCACUGGAGUGUCCUUUCGGACAAUUAUACCGUUGUCCGCCGGGAAAAUCGUUACCAAACAGAAUUUCACAAUCAGACACCUACCAUGCCCAACUUAUUUUGUUCUAUUCGAUGUGCAGCUUAGCCCCGCUUACGAGAUCGUAUUCCUUAUGCAGUUCUUCUCCGGAUUCGUGAAAUGCACGGUCACAACGGCAGUAUGCGGUCUUGCGGGUCUCUUCGUGAUGCACAUUUGCGCACAGUUGGACAUACUGAUGGUCUUGAUGAAUAAUCUAAUAAAUGAACGUGAACUUAAAAAUAUGAAUGAAAGACUGACCACUAUUGUAAAGCAUCAGAUCAAAAUACGAAAUUUCCUUCAAUUAGUGCAGAACACCAUACAAUAUACAAGUUUAAUGGAAAUUAUGGGAUGCACCAUAAUUGUAUGUCUCUUAGGAUAUUUUGUUAUCAUGGAAUGGGAGGAUAACAAUGCCGUAGCUCUAUGUUCGUAUCUGGUUGGACUCACAUCGAUUAGUUUCAACAUUUUUAUUUUUUGCUUCAUUGGCGAACAACUUUCGGCGAAGGGAGAAAAGGUGGCAUUAACAGCAUGUACGAUGGAAUGGUAUCGUCUUCCUGAUGCGAAAGCGCGAUCGUUGAUAUUAAUCAUGCUCAUGUCAAAUUCUCCGACAAAAGUUAAAGGAGGAAAGUAUUUUGAUCUUUCCUUCAAGACAUUUGGCAACGUCGUUAAAACGGCCGUAACAUAUUUAAAUCUUUUACGCUCUGUUAUUGGCUAA